AUGACAACCCCUCCGCUCUCCGAGAACAAGCUGAAUAUGGCCCGCGGCGAGCUCUAUCACGCCUUCACGCCGGAGCUCGUCGCCGAGCGUACAAGGUGUAAGACGGCUCUGCGCACGUAUAAUAAUGCCGUUGUGGGCGCCACAUCGCGGCGGGAUAGCGUUCGGCUCUGGAGAGAAUUAGUGGGCGACACCACUCCUCUGCCACCCGAGCUACCUGACGCUGCCGCCGACGAGGCGCAGUUCGACGAUGAUCCCUGGGUAGAGGGCCCGGUGUUCAUGGACUACGGCACGCAGGUCAAGUUGGGCAAGGGCGUGUUCAUCAACGCACACUCGACUUGGAUCGACACGUGUACUAUCCGCGUCGGGGCGCGCACGCUCUUCGGUCCGCACGUCUCGCUGUACAGUGGCACGCAUCCGCUCGACCCGGAGAUCCGUAACGGUACCAAGGGUCCAGAGUCAGGCCGAGAGAUUCACAUCGGAGAGGACUGCUGGAUCGGUGGGAACGUCACGAUCUUGCCGGGGAUCACGGUGGGAAGGGGUGCGACGGUAGGGGCUGGGAGCGUGGUCACCAAGGAUGUGCCACCCUUUCACGUGGUCGCGGGCAAUCCGGCGCGCAUAAUACGCAAGAUCAAGACGAUUCUGGAUCCAGAGCAGAGCGUGCUGGAAAGAGAUAAGGACACGCAAGGAGCAGAACUGCCCAUGGCGGCCAUCUCGUAG